CUACGACCAGCGCAAUUGCGUUUUGUAGACAACACAAACAUGGCGGUCGAUUUCUCGGCAGAAGAAGCUGCCACCCUCAAGCGCUGGAGAGAAAUUGACGCUUUUCAGACACAAUUGCGCCUGUCGCAAGGCAACAGGCCUUACACUUUCUACGAUGGACCGCCGUUUGCGACUGGUCUCCCUCACUAUGGCCAUUUACUGGCUUCGACCAUAAAAGACAUCAUACCGAGAUACUGGUCGAUGAAGGGCUACUAUGUCGAACGAAGGUUCGGUUGGGACACUCAUGGACUGCCUAUUGAAUACGAGAUUGACAAGAAGUUUAACAUCUCGGGGCCAGCCGCAGUGAAAGAGAUGGGCAUUGCAAAAUACAACGCGGAGUGCAAGGCUAUUGUGAUGAGAUAUGCUACCGAGUGGAGAGAGACCAUUGACCGCUUGGGACGAUGGAUCGACUUCGACAACGACUACAAGACCAUGAAUGCUAGUUUCAUGGAAUCUGUAUGGUGGGUGUUCAAGCAGCUCUAUGACCAAGGACAAGUGUAUCGCAGUUACCGAGUAAUGCCUUUCUCUACCGCCUUAAGCACACCCUUGAGUCAGCAUGAAGCGCAGUCAAACUAUAAAGAGGCUCAGGACCCGGCUGUUGUGAUUGCGUUCCCGCUCGAGGAGGAUCCAAAGACCAGCUUCCUAGCGUGGACGACCACUCCAUGGACCUUGCCGUCUAAUCUUGCUCUAGCUGUCAAUCCCAAAUUCGAGUACGUAAAGUUCUUGGACAAUGAAUCUGGCCAACAAUACAUUAUGCUCGAAAAGCUACUUCGAACACUGUACAAAGAUCCCAAGAAGGCCAAGUUCACCAUCUUGGAAAAGAUCAAGGCGCCCGAACUCAAGGGGAAACGCUAUCUACCCCCAUUCAAUUAUUUCUACGAAGAGUUCAAAGACAGUGCUUUCAGAGUCCUUCUCGCAGAUUAUGUGACAGACGACGAUGGUACGGGGAUUGUACACCAGGCCCCAGCUUUUGGCGAGGACGAUUUCAGGGUCGCGUUUGAGAAUGGUGUCGUAAGCCACCACAAGCUGCCGCCGAAUCCCGUCGAUGAUACUGGCCGCUUCACUGCCGAAAUCACGGAUUUCGUAGGUCAGCAUGUCAAAGAAGCCGACAAACAUAUCAUCAAACACUUGAAGACCUCAGGCAGACUAGUCCGAGAAAGUCAACUGACACAUCAGUAUCCCUUUUGCUGGCGCUCAGACACACCUUUGAUCUAUCGUGCGAUCUCGGGUUGGUUCGUCAAUAUUGCUGGAAACGAUAAGGUUCCAAGCAUUAUCCCGGAUAUGCUCGAUGGAAUUGCCAAGUCACAUUGGGUUCCGAAUUUUGUCAAGGAGAAACGCUUUGCCGAAUGGAUCAAGAACGCUCGCGACUGGAAUAUUUCACGAAAUCGAUACUGGGGCACACCCAUUCCACUGUGGGCGAACGAGGACUACUCUGAAGUCAUUGCCAUCGGUAGUGUUGAAGAGCUGAAAAAGUUGAGCGGAUAUGCUGGAGAGAUCACAGACCUUCACCGAGACACAGUCGAUGAGAUCACUAUUCCAAGUCAGAAGGGCAAUGGUGUCCUGAAACGUGUGGAGGAAGUAUUUGACUGCUGGUUUGAGUCUGGAAGCAUGCCCUACGCUUCAUCUCAUUAUCCUUUCGAGAAUUCUGAACGCUUCGAGAAUACCUUCCCUGGCGACUUCAUCGCUGAAGGACUUGAUCAGACCAGAGGAUGGUUUUAUACUCUGGUCAUUCUGGGCAUCCAUUUGAAGAAAAUGCUGCCCUUCAAGAAUUGCGUUGUCAAUGGCAUCGUUUUGGCCGAAGAUGGCAAAAAAAUGUCCAAACGGCUGAAGAACUAUCCAGACCCGAUUACGGUCAUCGAUAAAUAUGGUGCAGAUGCCCUCCGUCUGUACAUGAUCAAUUCUCCCGUCGUUCGAGCAGAGCCAUUGAGAUUCAAAGAGACCGGUGUGAAGGAAAUCGUCUCGAGAGUGUUGUUACCCUUCUGGAACAGUUACAAAUUCUUCGAGGGACAGGUCGAACUCCUCAAGAAGGUGGAAAAUAUCGACUACGUCUUCGAUCCAUCGGCAGAAAGGACAAACACCAAUGUCAUGGACAAGUGGAUUCUAGCCAGUUGCCAGAGUCUACUCAAGUACAUCAACAAGGAGAUGGCUGCCUAUCGGUUGUAUACGGUUGUGCCCGGACUGCUCAAUUUGAUUGAUGAGACUACAAACUGGUACAUUCGGUUCAAUCGCAAGCGUCUGAAGGGUGAACUUGGAUUGGACGAUACUCUUCACGCUCUCAAUACCUUGUUCGACGUUUUGUUCACUCUGGUCAGAGGACUAGCACCUUUUACUCCUUUCAUUGCCGACCUCAUCUAUUCUAAGCUUCUUCCUCACAUUCCCAAGUCAUUAUACAGCGAAGACAUGCGAAGCGUUCAUUUCUUGUCAUUCCCCGAAGUCCGCGAGGAGCUCUUCAAUGAUGCUGUCGAACGACGGGUGGGUCGCAUGCAAAAAGUCAUUGAACUCGCCCGGCAAUCACGAGAACGUCGAUCAAUGGGAUUGAAGACACCUCUCAAGACUCUCGUGGUUAUCCACAAGGACCAGCAGUAUCUUGACGACGUCAAGUCAUUGGAAGGAUACAUCACCGAGGAACUGAAUGUGCGAGAUCUAGUACUGUCGUCCGAUGAGGAGAAAUACAAUGUGCAAUACAGUGUGACUGCGGAUUGGCCUGUCCUCGGAAAGAAACUGAAGAAGGAUGUGCAGAAGGUGAAAAAGGCGCUCCCAGACGUGACGAGCAGCGAAUGUAAGGAGUACUUGUCAUCAGGCAAGCUCAACGUCGCCGGCAUCGAAUUAGUCGAAGGUGACUUGGUAGUCCGAAGGGCACUGAAAGAAGACGAUACGUCCAAGAACCAGGAAACGAAUACGGACAACGAUGUCUUGACAAUUCUAGAUGCUGCGCUCUAUCCUGAGCUUGCACAAGAAGGUGUUGCUCGAGAGAUCAUAAAUCGUAUACAACAACUACGAAAGAAGGCCAAUCUUAAGCCGACUGAUGACGUGAAGAUGGAGUACAAGGUGCAAGAAGAUCCAGAUCAGGUUGGACUGGAGAAGGUGUUUGAACAGCAGAGCGGUUUUAUUGAGAAGGCGCUAAGACGGCCUGUAGACAAGCAUGUCGUUACAGAGCUCGAUGGGCAAAUACCAAAUGGAGCUCAGGAAAACAUCAUCGCUGAAGAAGUCCAAGAAGUUCAGAAAGCGACCUUCUUGUUGAGAUUGCUGAAGAUGUGAGGUGGUUACAAGUCUGAUGCUGGACGGAUUCCUCGAGGAUUGACGAAAUGAAGAAAAGUAGUAUGUUUAUGGAGAAAGAAUAGAUGAUGAACAACCAGGCCAGAUCACCUGCGAUGUAUCAUGAUUUCUUUGUAUGUUUCUGCGGGAAAUUAUUAGUGGAAAAGAACUAGAUAAAGAGACAGAGGAUGAAUGAAGAGCGACCAAGCUUCUCUAGCAUGCUCUGGAGCAGGAGACAGGACUCUUCGCAGUAGAAAGGAGCAAUGCCACAAGAGAUGAGAGGUUCACGUACCAAGUAACAAUCCUUCAGACGCAUAAACUCCUUCGCAC